UCCCUCCUCUCCCCGGGGUCAGAGUGACAGUGAGGGCAGCGGGUGACAUGGCUGGAGCGGCGGCCCAGUAGGCGGGGCGGGGCGGCGGCUGUCGGUGGAUUACCCGGUCGGAGCCCGCGGCCUCGGUGCUUCUCCCCCCCCCCCCCCCACACCCUCCCUCCCCGGUGUUUAUGCUGAAGCCUGUGGCGAUGGGAGGGAAGCAGAGCACGGCAGCCCGCUCCAGGACCGCUUUCCCCGGCGUGUCGACGGACGACAGCGCCGUGCACGCCGCUCACUACGGCCACUACCGGAGCGGCGUCAACGCCAUGGGGCUGAGGACUCGCUCGGUGAGCAGCGUGGCCGGCAUGGAGCCGGCGCAUCCCUUCGGGCUGUACGGCAGCGGAGCGCGGUCGGGAGGCGGCGGAGGAGGAGGAGGCGGCGGCGGCAGUAGAGCGGGCGACGGAGGCGAGCAAGGCAGCGGUACCGGAGGUGGAGGCGGAGGAGGCGGCGGCGGCGGCCCGGCCGCUGGGCCCGACCCGGCUGGUAACGGUUACCAGGAGACGGGAGGAGGGCCGGGCCCCCGGGAGCUGCAGCUGUACCUGGGGUCGCGGGCGGCGGCGCUGUCCGACUCCCUGCCGCUGCACUUGGCGCCGCGCUGGUUCAGCGCGCACAGCGGUUUCAAGUGCCCAAUUUGUUCAAAAUCUGUAGCUUCCGACGAGAUGGAGAUGCACUUUAUAAUGUGUCUCAGCAAACCACGACUCUCCUAUAAUGAUGAUGUGCUGAGUAAAGAUGCUGGAGAAUGUGUAAUCUGUUUGGAGGAGCUUCUGCAAGGAGACACGAUAGCUCGACUUCCUUGUCUGUGUAUCUACCAUAAAAGUUGUAUAGACUCGUGGUUUGAAGUGAACAGGUCAUGCCCAGAACACCCUUCCGACUGACCUCUCCUGGCCUGCAGCUGCUUACAGCCUUCUGUUAAAGAGCGCUUUGCUCACUUUGGCUAAACCCUUACCUGGAGGUUAAGAAUUUGAAACAGUCGGUUUACCCCAAAACUGAAAAUUCCAGCAACCAGUUUUGAACAGCAGAAACAAAAGCACCAAACAAACUUUCGGCAUCCCAAACCAGGAUAAAGAAGGACGUAUGUGAAGAUCAACAGGUAGUAGAACGAUCAUGUCAGCCCCAGAAUAAUGUAACGGCUGUCAACUGAUUCAAUUAGAGAAACGCCUGUACGGAAUAAAAAGAGGAAAAGGACUAGCCAAACAGAGCAUGAUUGCUUUUUGGAUUUGAGAGUGCUGUGCAAAAGACAUGUCUCUGGGAUAUUACUCCAAGGUGGCAACCACAACAGGGUUACAAACGCAAAGGAGAGUGGAAUUUAACAUGUGUUGACCAAGUUCUGAAAAUGCCAGAAUGUAAAGCAUUGAGUGUCUGUGGGCUUGUAGUUGUGUCCAUGAUGUGUUUACACAGUGUCCAGUGUAGUCAGCGUGUUCUUGCUGAUGUGUGUACAGACACAAGCACUCUCCUGGUUUUCUUCCAUCCCACUUUGUGACAGAUGAUGCCAAAAUUUAUCAAAAAACAGACCUCGCUCUUGUUCUGCAAGGAUCUGUUCCUUGUCAACGGUUUUCUGCCAGAAAGUCUCUCUGCACUAAUAUUUGAACAUGGACUCUCUCUUCUUGAGCUCUGCAACUUUGUGCUACAGAAUGGCACAGGCAUCCUAAAACAGUUAAGAUCUUUUUUUUCCCUAAAGCCCUUGUGGAAUUUUUAUGGCUUCAGUUUCUCUAGAGACUAGUGAAUCUGUCCUGCUGUUAAAGAUAUCAAUUUUACUUCAGCUUGAUAUGUAGCCUGAAUGUUCAGGCUGGUGUAUUAAUAACAGCCAGGGAAAGAUGCUCCCUUUUUGUUUGUUGAGGUGUUUUGAUAUGGUGUACCAUCACGAUGUUCAAUAAACUGUUGAAUGAGCAUUUAUAUUAAUUUGUGGUAGACAAACCUAAACUGAAUAAAGAGUUCCCUUUCCUGAUUUUAUUUUGCCAGAAACAACUUCACACAUGAAAUAAACAGCAUGUUGUAAUUUUUUUUUACUAUUUUGGUUGAAUAGGCUUCGAGUAAGUCUCAGGAAAUGCAAUGGACCUGCACGUGGCCCAGAUGUGGGUAGUUUUCCACUUUCUUUAGGGACUGCAUUGACAUUGGACAGCCAGUUUACAGCAACAAAGGCUCUGGAAUGUGUGAUCAGAGCUACGGAGUGUAGCUGCUAUUCGGCGAUGUGUUUACAAGGUUUUGCAAGUUGACAGGAGUAACUGAAACCAGGAUUCACGAUGCCGCGCUCUGUGAUCAGACAGAGCUCCCAAGCAGAGCCUGUACACUGACCUCGACAAACCUAAAUUUGCUAGGUGGAGCUUAACCAUUUUAUCAGGGAGUUGAUCCUUGCUGCAGCAUUUACUAGUAAAUGAAAUGGUAUUUUUUCCCCCAAAAACUAGUGUUUAUUGUUGAUGAACCCUUAGGCAAACAAAAGAUCAGAGAUGAAGUUUUACAAGAAAGGAAACAAUUGGAUUUGUAGAAUGAUUGUUGGGAAGGAAAUUGAGGACCAUGCACACCAGCAUUUAUAUUAAAAAUGGUGUUGGCCAGCUGAUUUUGGAAUCACAAUAUAAAAUUGCACUAGUGUUCAAAAAAUCCAUUUGAAACUAUGCUGCUAGCAGUUUUGGGUACUUUAAGUCACUGCAUGAUGAGCAGAGAGUUUGAGUGUAAGAUAUAUUACUGCAAGAAAAUUGUGCUUUUCCCAGAAAUGUGAGUAGACCCAGCACUUCCUGGAACUGUGUACAGUCAUUGUGAAAUUAGUGUUUUGAUGUGGUGGGUUACGGGCUUUCCCCAUAUGUACAGCGAUUGACUUGCAUAGCAGGAUGGUAUUGCUGCUGUUUUUACUGUGUGUUUUGUUCUCGCCUCAGCUUGACAUUACCCCUCUACUUCUGUAAAGGUUUCACUGUGUUUUCUGUUUAUUUGAACGACUUGGCCAAAUGUCACCUUGGUAAAGUCUCCGUAAAGGAAGCAGUUACACAUAUGAAGAUGUUCAGCUAGGGUGCAGAGUGCCAGUGAAGCAGGAACUUACUUUUUUGAGUUAAAGAUGUUGCACAAUACACAGCACAUUUAUAAUGACUUAAAGUCAUGCACUUUUUGUUUUUUGUGUAUUAUAUUUUAUUUUAGUUUACUGGAUGCUUUUGCACUGCUUUAAUCUGAUACAGAUUCUCACCUGGGUGGUCCUGUUUUUCAAGGUGAGCGUUGUGAAAAGUAAAUCAGAAUCUAAAUCUAUAUACUUAAUUUUGAAUGCCACGUGUAAUUAUUACUACCCUGAUUUAUGCAGUCACAGUGCCUUGAGUUUAAACAUUCUGGUGCUCUCAUUGAGCCAACUAGUUUCCAGCCUUUUCUAGGUGUUAAUUAAGGCCUGUCUUUUAUAUUUUUGUUGAGCCUGAGGGCAAUUAGUCAUUCUAUUGUAUUUGUCCCAACUAUAUUUUAUUUCUUUUCAAAUCUCACACCAUUAGUCAUUUCAAAAAUUGAGAUUUCUCACUUUAAAUGUGUGAAGGAGAUAAUGAAGCAAAAAGUCUGAAUUAAAACUGCAUCAAUUCUCUUUCUUCACCUACAAAACUUCUUUGCAGUCCCUCCUCUGUAGCUGUAUCGCAGACCUUUGACAAAUAUGUGACAGCUGAACCCUUUUUUUGUUUCGGCAGUACGCUGUGGUUUGUUGCGCUGUCUGUACUGUACUCAGUCUAACUGCUCCAGUGUGUAGUUCUUGACUGCUUUUGUCAUCCAAGGGUACCACCGGAUGGCUCACUUGAACCCUGUUAGAAGGAGAUCUUUAUAGAACAAGAUUAAUUGGUCUAUGUUAAUGUUCCUAUGUAAACAUCACACAUAUAUUUUAAUGGAAAUUAAAAAGAAAGAACAUUUGAAAAUACUCAGAACCUGAAUCAUAUUGAAGUGAAAAAUUUAUGAGGCAACCCUCCUCAGAAAUUGUGGGUUUAAUGCAGUUGCUGAUUGAUUGCAAUAUAAAGAAAUUAUUCUAAAAUCCCUCAAUUGUUGCUAUCACUAAAUUGUUCUUAUUACAAUUGUUACAAGAAAGGGUAGUUACGAGGUGCUGUACCACAGAAUAUAGGCUAGAGCCCGUCACUUCUCAUGUGAUGCCCUUGGUGGUUUUUACUGAGCAGGAACUAAUCAUCUCCCCUGAGGCAGGAAAAGAAGUUCAACAGGUAAGGCCACCACAGGCCACGUUGAUUAAGAUGGUUUAACCACUGCUUUGGUAGUGAAGCUUGGGAGCAGCUGACUUUUGGCAGCCUCGAAUGAUGGAUGAUGAUGUGAGAGGAAAAACCAGCUACUAUGGGAAAAGAGAUACUAUACUUAAAUAAUUAAAUGCCUCACUGACAUAGUGUUCAUUCACCAAAAGAACAUUUUUCAAUAUUAUAUUUGUCUCACAAUGAAGUUACUUGUAGGUUGCAGAUGAAUUUUGUGAUCUCAUCUGUUAUUUUAAAAUUAAAGAAAUUGUAGUUGUUGACAUGCAAGGCAAUAAGAUUCUUAUUACAAUGUUAAUAUCUAUGAAGGUGGUUUAAACUCUUGUGUUGAAGCAGACUCUCUUCAGAUGUCAUCAUCUCCAGUUGACCCACUGUGUGCCUACUUUAAAAGUCUCUCCCACAGUUCCUGAACAAUGGCUUUAGAAGAACAGUGAGCAGCUAAACGUUACCCAAGCAGCAGGCUACGUCUAAAUGUUAUAAAGCUACAAGUUUUAAAUUAAUUAACUUCCCAUUUCGAAUUUUGUUAUUUUGCUGAACCGUGACUAAUAGAAAGUGCCAUGAAUUAUAUCAAUGCUGACCUGCACCUUAAUCCAUGUUCCCAUUUUUGCUCCACGCCCCUUUCUGACAAGUUCAUCUUUCCGCAAAUUUUGAUUAGGUGGGGUGGGGGUUGGGAGGGGGCAGAGUACCUUUCCUCAGGAGAGCUCCAGAUUUCAGAAAAACUCAAUUUCCAAGUUUAUUCUCAAAUGGCUUGGUUCUAAAUUUAAGAUCUCCUACAAUACUACUUGUUCUUGAUUCCCCCAUUACCAGUUAUGGAAGAACAAGGGACUGAGCGAUGAUCCAGGUGAGAUGAUGAAACAAUCUCCUAAACUCGAGGGAAUACAUAUCAAGUUUAUGCAAUUAGAAUUUAAUCCCUUAAAUCCUGUUUCACUUUCAUAAAUUUCCAUUGCACUCCCCUCUAAGGUUAUUAAAUCCUUCCUGAAAUGAGGUGCAUAAACAAAUGUAUCCCAGCUUUGCAUACAAAGAAACAUGCAUUUUUCCAUUUUGUAAUCCAACCCCCCAAUCCUACUUUUGACUGAUCUGCUAGCAUUUAAAAUUAGUCUACUUGGAUUCCCAAAUCUGUUUCACCAUAGUUUCUUGAAGUGUACAAGAUGUUGCAGUUUGUCUUUCUUGGAUUGAAAGUGGAUUUGUCCACACUAAGUUCUAUUUACCAUAGUUAUACCCACUCACUGAAGCAGUCUAUGGUUCUUUAGACCAUCCACUUCCUUCUGCACUUCUUGCUGCCUCUCCCAAUUUGGUGUCAUCCAGAUAACUCUCUGAGUCAUUAAAAUAAUAAUGGGAAAUUGGGGCCCCUGAACAAAUCCUAGAACUUUAGGAAUGGAAUGGGUAUUCUGGGGAGUGUCACAUGUCACAUCUGUCAAUCAGAUUAUCUUUCUUUUUUCUCCACUCUCUCUCAACCAAUUUCCAACCAAAGUUAAAGGCUCACAUUUGUUCAGCUGGUCUGUCCAGUCUGAUGAUAAACAGGCAGGCCUGCAUAUUCUGAAUCCUCUUUUUAGUUCCAAACCCAAUGGCACAAUUGCUAACAUGAGAAAUUUGAAAGUUUAUGACCAAUACUUCCAUAGUUUCCUCACCUGCUCCCUGGGGUUGGAAGCCACCAGAUCCUGGAGAUUUAUCUAUUCCUGUUUUGUUAUUUGCACAAUUACCUUUUUUUUUGUUUUAUUGAAUGCAACAUGUUCCUCACAUUCAUUUAUUCUUAGUUUCCUUCCAUUAGUAGUAUUUUACUCUUUACUGUGAAAAUGAAUACGAACCACUCAUUCAAUAAACUUGUCGUUACUGUGGUAUCUAUUAUAUUAUCCUGUUUCUCUGUCUUUACUAGACCCCACAUCUUUAGAAACUCUUUACUCUCAAUAUUAAUGGAAUUAGUUGAAAGGUUUUUUUUUGCAGUUUGUAGUAUUUUCUUUUAAUUGCUUUAACAAUUUAAUUAGUAUUUUCCAUAAUAUAACAGUGGAAUUAUGCAGCUGAAAGCAACCUCUGCUUUUUUUUUUCCCCCAAUUCUCCUCAGCAAAAUAUACUUGGCUUUCAGAUAUUGUGCCCAGCAAAGAAAAUGAAAAGGAGGUGCAUCCAACUGGCUUUUUUAAACAAAGGGCAGUGUAUGCAAUCAGAAAGCUUGAUGGUUAUAGUAAGUACAUGUGGGAGUUUGUCAGAUCAAUCCAAAUCAUCUUUGUGAUCACACAUGAUACCCCACUAGAUACUAUCUGGUCAAGAUGCAUGUAGAGGAGGUGGGAAGAUAGAUGUGUUAUAAGGCUUAGCCACGCAGAAUCACAAAAUGAAUUACAAAUGUAGUGUAUUCUGCUUCCUUUCCUGUACAAUCAUUCUGUGUGACUCGGGUGUUGCCUUAUUCAAAGAGUUGUCUUUAUGUUAUCAUGUAAAGAUGGCGCUCAUAUAGAGGAUCAGUGGGAAUGACCAGAGGUGAUUGUCUGCAUCUGAUUAUAAUGUAAGCCCUAGCUUUUUUUCAGACUAAUGCAUAAAUAAAAAAAUGGCAUGGAUCCUUGGACUUUAAAGCAGUAUUUGAAAAGAAUAGCAGCACAGCUAAACAAAAGCAGACUAUUCAAAGAUGAAAUACUGUAUUGUUGAUGUGUGUCAUUAAUUUUCGAGUCAAUUUUUUAAAAAAAAGACUUGAAUCAAAGGGGAUAAUCUUUCAGCUGUCCUAGUGUGUUUUACACUAUGCACUGUAAGCAGGCUUUCACCAGAUUCCAAUGAGAACGGAUGGGAUUUGUAUGUAAUGCAGUUUCUUGAAAAAUGUUAAAUGUUUACAGGCAUAUGCUUUUUAUAUUUACUGAGUAGAAGUUGAUCCGAGAUUAACACCAAAAAAAAUAUGAAUUUCAUUUUAAACAGACAAUAUCCUGUAUGUUGACGUAUAGUAUGUAUUUCAGAAUUAUGGAAAAUAAAAUCUACACAUUCCCACA